ACUCCUGGUCAGAGGGUGUGGCUUGGGCCACGAGCUGCUGCAGUUGCAGAGUCAAUCACGACUUCUUCUUCCUCUGCUAGUGUGACCUCCCUGUCCUCUGACCCUCUCUCCCCGUCCUCCACCUCUCCUCUCCCCUCCUCUACUUCUGCUGCAGAGACUCCCACACCUAAUCCUCCCAACCACAACCUUCUUGCCACUUCUCACCACUCCAACACUCCCUCCUCCUCUUACCAGUCCUCCAACUCUGCCUCAGUUGCUGCGUCUCAAGAUACCGCAGAGAGUUGGUGCCAACUACUCCACAUUUGGAAUCCUUCUCCUCAACGACACAGUCGGGAGUCGAGUCGACAGCCUCGAGGAACUGUCCAACAAGAAACCAGAGAAGAUAGUUCUGCGAAUUCUCCAGGAGUGGCUGGAGGGGAGGGGGGUGGAGCCAGUGACGUGGGAGACACUCGUCAAGACACUCAGAGACUGCGACCUCUCAGCUCUGGCUGACGAGGUUCACCAGAAACUGCCGUCAUCUCACUCCUGAUCUCGUGUACAC